CUCAGGAGAAGCUCAGCUGUCCGGUCCAUUUCGGCUAUAUAAACCGGCUUUUCCUCUGUCCAUUCUGCUCGUCAUCAUCAACAACAACUCUCUAUCUCUCUAUCUCUCUAUCUCCCUUUCUACCUCAAUCAAAAUGCAGUUCAAGAUCGGUGCUCUCUUCGCCUUGGCUACCACCGCCAUGGCCACCCUCCCCGCCCACAAGGCCUGCGGUAACAACGUCGAGUGUGCCGCCGAGUGCUACCAGGGCACCUACGACGUCGCCUUCGUCAACGACCAGGUCCGCUUCGUCUGCACCCAGUCCGAGCCCCAGCAGCUCACCUACACCGUCGUCUCGUGCGACGGCUCCGCCGCCGCCCCCUACCAGGUCAAGAAGGCCUGCAACGCCAACGGCGGCACCUACUGCGAGGGCAAGUGCGCCAUCGCCCGUGAGGAGCACUACGACUUCGCCGAGUGGUGCGAGCGCUUCGACGGCUUCCCAAACGUCAAGAGCCAAAAUUUAAACCGGGCUGCGGCAUUCCGUUCCGCCGGAUGCUAAAUGCGCAAUACCAAGGCGGAAAACAGAUGGUGGAGGAUGUGAUGGAGAAAGGCGAGGAGUUCAAGGAAAAGCUGUUCCGGAAUCACAUAAUGGAGGAGCUUAACGAGAAGAAGGAACACUUCGUGGAUGGGAUGCACGACGCCGGUGCGUUCAUCCAGGAGGAAUACCGCGAGAAACGACAACAUAUCGAAGACGAACUAAAGGAGCGGGGGGAACAGCUCAAGGAGCGCAGCGAGCAACUCAAGCAGUCUUUCAAGGAGAAAGAAGGCAAAUGCAUGUAUUAUAUUGGCGAGAUCUGUUUGCUGUUGCUGGUUGAGCUGAUUGCGGUGGCCUUGAUGUACAUUCUCAUCAAGAUUCUCAUUCGCGACCUCCCUGUGCCGUGAUAA